AUGCAGGAUCUCGUGUCAGUGCCAGACCUCCAGCUGCAGGACAUAGCUGAGACCGGCAACGUCGCUGUUGUUUCCUUCGAGACCGGGCACCUCUUCAGUGUCAUCAGACGUGACAUAUCGUGGAACACCAGCCAGGUUGAAAUCUGGCUCGCCACCUACGCGCUUCAAUUCCUUCGUGUCUGGUACCGUGCGGUAUACGACAACCCCGUUCUGCGUCGUGAACUCUUGGGAGUGGCUUACACAGGCGGCCUCGGAAGCAUAUACAACCAAGUCAGGGACUUGUGCUACAAAUACAAGGCACACAUUCGCAAAGAGGAGGUCUUCAACAGCAUCGUGGCGCCGACCGCAAUCAAAAUGACUGCUGACGCGGCGGUCUGCAUCAAUGGCGCCAGUUUUCAGGAGAUCAGUUGGAUCAGUGCUUUCCAAAUGGACGACAAACCUGGAUUGUGCAUUGCCACGUCCCUGCUAGUGGCUGUCUUCAAUGAACUCACAUACCGUGGUAGCUCGAGCCUCUUCCUACCGCUGUUGGUUGAAGGCUCGGUUGUAAAUCCGCAGGUCCACAUUGUCGAGAACUGGGGCAAAGACAGUAGUCGCUGGCAGCCAAAUGCACGCAAGAGAAUGCGAAAUGCGAGCCAGACAAGCUCAAGCAUUAUCAAUGCGGACGGAGAAGCUGCUAAUGGCAAUGCGACUGGGGUUGUAGAGGACGAGCGCGUCGUCGAGCCGUAG